AUGCGCCGAACUUGGACGCUGGCGGGUAUUGCCGUGCCGGCCGCUCGCGGGGGCAGCGCGACGGCCCAUCACCUCCGCCUGCCGCCGCCGCCUUGGCGCCCUAUCCUGCACCCCAGCCAGCUGCAGCGCGGCCUGGCUUUCUACGGCAGCGGAGGCCGCAUUGAACGGGUGGCAGCCAAGCUGCUGGCGGGGCGCCCUAUCAAGGCAUUCACCACCGGCGGCAGCGUAACCAACGGUGGCGGCGCCAGCAGCGAUGCCACCGCCUACCCAGCCCGCUUCUUUAAGUUCCUGAACGCCACCUUCCCCCACAGCGGCCACGUGCUGGCCAACAAAGCCAUCGGAGGCGCCACAUCUGCCAUCUUGUCCCUCUGUGCUGAGGCCCUCAUCCCGCCGGAUGCCGACAUCGUGGUGGCAGAGUUUACUUUCGAUGAGGCUGGCGACCUGCCCUUCGCCACGCCCCAGCGCCGCGCCUUUGAGCAGCUGCUGCGCAGGCUGGCGCGUCUGCCGGGGCGACCCGCCGUGCUGGUGCUUCACCACUAUGCUUGGUGGCUCUGCGCGGGGGAUGGCGCAGGCGCGGGCCUCUACUACGGACCUGCGGAGCAGCAGCUCAGCACGCUGGCACAGUAUUACGACAUGCCCUCGCCCUCCGUCAGGACCGCGGUGUGGCCCCAGAUGCGGGCCGGGGUGGCCCCCUUCAAGGUCAGCCACGUGCUCAAGGGGGGCCAGGUGUCGCCCCAGGGCGCCCAGCUACCUGUAGCAACCCCCGGCACAGAAGCCCAGUACUUUUUCUACGACAAAGUGCACCCCUCGGACGUGGGGCACCAAGUCAUGGCCGAGCUGCUGGCCGGGGUGGUGAUGCAGGCGGUGGAAAACGUGGCGGCCAGCAGCGCGGCGGUGGCAGCCGCAGCUGCAGCGCCGUCAGCGUCGCCCGAUGACGACGAGGGCAGCACGGCAGGCAGCGGUGCGAGCAGUGGCAAGAGCAGCAGCAGCAGCAGCAGCAGCAGCAGCAGCGGCGGGGAAACGCCUGACAAGGAGGCAGAGCUGCCGCCCCAGAUGAUCCCAGGCAAUGCAGACAUCUCCACCACGCUCUGUGCGAUGCAGGAGGAGUUGAAGGAGCUGGGGAGGGAGAUGGACGGGUUCAGGUGGUGCCCCGAGCGCCCCAACGGCACCACCCUCAUAGACCAGAACUGGGGCUACUGCGGGCUGAGCAUAGGCGAGCCGGGCGACACAAUUGUGCUGGAGCUCAGCACCGCCGACACCUCGGAGCAGGCGGGCAAGUGGGCCACCCUGUACCUGGGCUACCUGCGCAGCUACGAGGGUAUGGGGCUGGCCAAGGUGGCCUGCGGCGGCGGCUGCAGCUGCGAGGAAACAUUGGUGGAUGCGCAGUGGGAGCAGCAGGCGUCCCUCACGCACAUGCAUGAUCUCAAGGCAAGCCUGCUCCUGGGUGUCACCCAGUCUGCUAAGUGCCGGGUGCGGCUUACGAUUGUGGACCGCAGCAGCGGCGGUGGCACGCAGGGCGCAGGCACAGGCGGCAAUAGCACGGAGGGCGCUGGCCCCAGCAGCGGCGGUGGCGGCAACAGCAUGCAACAGGACGCUGGCCCCAGCACCACCGGCGGCAGCAAGUUCCAGCUCACUUCCGUCAUGGUGGCCCACUUGCCGGUGGUGCUGGACAACAGAAUAGCUGGGAGGGCCAGCGGGAUGGCGGAGAAUGGCUAG